AAGGAAAAUGUGAGUUUGUAUGAUGAAAUCAAAUCAAAGAAUGGUGGAAGGAAGCGUGAAAUCCCUAACAAUCGCGGAGCUCCUCCGUGAAUGUCGUCCUCGCACCGGCGCAUCGUCACUUAUUUCCAGUCCUUGUCCGAAAAUUCCACCACCACACUUUUCACCCUCCCUCCCCACUCCCACUCCCAUACUUUCUUCCCCAAAAAUACUCAAAUCCCUUAACCAUCCAACUCUUCUUACUGGAAUCCUUUUUCUACCUCCUCAUGGAGAUGGACACGAUUCACCUCUCAACUGCAAUUGUUUUCGUUUCUCUGAUGGCUCUGACACUGUUUGUUGUGACAUUCUUCGGUUUAAUCCCUCUAUGAUUAACAAAAAGGUUCAAAUUUUAGGUUGGAAUUUCAUACCCUUCAACUGUAAUGCUAAUGCUAAUGGUGGGUUCUUAGAAAUUAUUCGGUGGGCUUUUCUCGAUUCUACUUCUGCAUCUUCGGAUACUUUUUCAAUACUUUCUCGGUCUUGUGUUGAUCAAUAUUAUAGUGUAAAAGCUCGAUACUUUGUAUGCGGCCUAGUAGAAUCUGUUAGCCCUGUUUCUGUCGUUCCAUGCAGAGCUGGCUCCACAGCUCAUACUGAAAAUCUUCAAGGCUUCCUCGUAAAUAUUUUAGUUUGUGGCUGUAAAUUGUGUAAUUCUAAAUAUAAUAUAAGAUUGGAUAUGCGGAAUUCAAAUGAUCAUUGUUAUAACAAACCUGAGAUUGUCUACUUUUGUGGCUCUGCUUCUUCUUGGCAUCCAGUUCUUUCAAGACUGAUAAAGAAAAAUGUUUCAAUAUCGGGAUUGAAGAAGAGACUUGUAUUUGUGGGAAAAAAACUGUCUCGAUUGAUGUAUGUAGUUGUGGAUAAUUCUUUGAUGUAUAUUCCUAACUUUCCCCUCCCCCUUGGGGUAACUGAUGUGAGAGGGGAAGGAGAACUUGUUAGUUAUACAGGAACUGUGACAGGAAUUUACAUGAGGGGUAUGAUAGUUGAGUUGGAUAAUGAACUGUUGCUAUUGUUAACUGAUCAGCAGCUUUCCGUUCCACAUAGUGUGAGAGUUGGAGCAAUGGUAUCAGUGAAAAACGUUCAUGUUGUAAAUCCAAAUUUUUCAUGGACAAAGACGCUUAUACUCGGCUCUUGUGUUAAAACUAGCAUUUCUGUGGAAUGUUUCUCCUCGCUGGAAACCGGGUGUUAUACAGUGACCUGCUGUGAGAGUCUUCUUGCAAAGUUCAUUGACUCCUUGGCGUUUGUUGCCAGGCUAUGGGUAUUACUUGUCAUCAUCUGUUUAAGGAGAAAGUUUUCUGGGAUCUUAUCUGAGAAAGAGAUCUUGGGAUCAACAAAUAGGAAAGGAUUGGCUCAGACAUAUGCAACUUCAUAUUUACCCCCUUCAAUCUUCCGAAUUCGGCAUGGGAUGUUCAUGGAAUUUGUCAAGCAUGAUAAAUGUGCGUGUGGCAGGGAAAGAAGUUCUGCUCCUUUGAAGUUGGUUGCACCUAUCGCUAAUUUAAUUAAUUCUUGUGAGGCCAUGUGGAAGAAAAUGAUUUGCCAUCAGGACACAGAUUUUGAUAUCAUGGGUACCCAAAAGGAGAACAACUCCAUAUCUUGUGAUGGCAGACCUUAUGUGCUGUCUAUAAGGAAAGCCAUUCACAGUGAAGACAUAGGUGUUUCUUUGCUUGGAAUCUUAAAGGUCUCACAAUCGUCUGGAAGGAUGUUGCUUGUUGAUGCAACUGGAAGCAUUGAUGUUAUCAUACCAGAUCUUCCAUCAAGUUUGAACAUCAAUAACAUAUAUGAGGUCAGAAAUUUUUUUGCAAUUAUGGAAGACAUACCCAUGAAGCUGGGUCCUGUGGAUUUACUCCAAAAUGCACCUUUCACGUGUAGAAGUAUUUUUGAGAAUGCUCCACUUGUGAGAGAGAUGAACAUGCCACUGCAUUUUUACUACGACCUGAGGGACCUAAUACCUGUAAAUCAUCAUUUUACUACCUCUGUACAUUCACCAGUUGACUUUCAGAAAGUUGGACGAGGAAAGUAUCAUCUACUUCAGUUGAUGCACAAAUUCCCUAUUCUGCAAAAGCAUCAGUUUCAAGGAAGUCAACAUGCUUCAAAUACAUCAAGCACAUUUGCUGAGGCCUUAAUUUUGCCUUGGGAUUUACUUAUUGCUGGCAACAACAGAGAUACCUGUAUUGAAGAGCCUUUGAUAGACCAAUUGAAGCAACCAAUGAAAUUUUUUAAUAGAAUGGAAAUUGAUAAGCUUAUUGCAUGUAAAAGACAAAAGCCUGAUCAACUGUCUAAUGAGGCUUUGACAUCUGCACUCUAUGAUACUGGAAAUGAACCGAGUUACAGCUCCAGAGGAGAUCCCUAUAACCGAGUUAUAGUGGGCAAGCGUCAUGACUCAUGCUGUCCAGAGGAGAUCCCGUGUCUUGUGACGGGAAAUUGUGUUAAUUAUCCUUUCCUUGGUAUGUUGCACCACACAGACACCAGAACAGAUGUGGGGUCUUGCUCCAAACCACAAGUGAGAAGGGCAUUGCUGGAAUUCAAGCCUGAAGCUUUAUCUGUUUAUGAGAGGUUAAAAAUUGGAAGUCAUUACCUUAUAAAACAUCAGAAAGAAGAUAUGUUUUGUACUGAUGCAAUAGGUGAUACAAUAGUUGUGAAUUCGGGAACCAACAUUUGGAGCGUUUCUUUUUCAUCUGUUAAUGUUCACCAAAAUUUUGAUGUAUCCUGCUUGCUUCAACAGUCUGGCUCCUUUUUAAGUCACAAUAAUGAUCUUCCAGAAGGCUAUCAUCAGUUUCAAAUUCCAAACUCUUUGCCUAAUGGAAGCAAUGAUAUCUCUUCAGAUGUCAACUUAUAUAUGCCAUCUGAUGUCACAAACUUAUUUGAUGUUAACUUGGUGUUGUUGGAGAACUGUUCUCUCGAGCCUCUUGUUCCAUUUGGAGAAAUGACCAACAUCUGCCCCUCUGAUCAUAAUUUGCCAGAGGGAAAUCUAACAUCUAUUCAUGGGCAAAUCAAGGCUGUUCAUUGUUCAGAUGGAAAAUCAUAUGCCGCACAUUUGAGGUGCGAGAGCAUCAAUGGUGUUUGUCCAUCACUAUUCUUAGAAGGAACUAUCAGUAUAUGUGUCCACGUUUUAAUAGACCAUAAGAUGGUCAAGAUUUUUGGCUCUGCAAAUAAACCCGCUUACCCUGCUGGAUUUGGACGAGGUGUCACUGCAUCAUUUCACAGAGUACUUGCCCUCAGUGCGCAGGACAACUUUAUGUUGAUACCUACAUCCUUCAUUGUUAUCAACCCAUCAAGUUUGAUAAAUGAUCACAGUGUUGAUCCACACACCUACAAAUCUGCUGCUUUGGACUUGGAUGGUGGUUCUCCAUUCUAUGCUAAUACUGCAUCUCUAAUUGCUGAUACAGUAAGCUGUUUAGCGACUCAACAAGUGGAGUUCCAUUGCAGGGUUGUGGCUAUUUAUGUCCUUGUCCUGGAGUACAACACAAAAAACAAAUACCAUCUGUCAAGAACUGAGUCUAGACCUAAUUCAUUUGCGAUUGACAUUCCACUUGCUGGUUUUAUCCUUGAUCACGGUUCAUCAUCAUGCUGUUGCUGGGCUAGUUGGGAGAGGGCAGCAGUUUUUCUGGGGUUACAUGAUGAAGAACUUAGAGGUGAAGCCUAUGCUGAAACUUGCAAGAAGUCAAGGAAGACCAGGAAAAAGCAAGCAUGUAGCAGUUUAAGGAGUAUAAUGAAGCGGCAUGGCACAGUCACAGUGAGAAACCAGGCCUCCACGUUUGAUUCAUCAUGUCAAGAUCUUGUUUUUUCUGCCCAGUCUAAGAAGAUUAUAAGUAGUUUGGAUCGAGAUUUCUUUCAGUCCCUCAUCCUCAAAGCUUGCUGCAGCACCCCUUUGACGGUUGUUGGCAGUUUGGUGAAUUCAGAUGCUAUCAGGCAGCUGGAGACACAUUUGACUGAGCUGGAUAUCGUGAUGCUUCCCAUGCAAAAUGUAUGGGUUUCGGAAGUUGGUCACAUGGACAGCCUUGCUCAGGCUAAAAAGAUCCUUCAAGGAAUUGUUGAAAGCUGAAUUUGUGAUGUAAAUUGUGAUGUACACGUACGUGUCCAUGGAUUUUCUUCUUAACCAUACAUAUAUCUUGAUGUCAUUUCACAAAAAAUAUUCUGUUCAAACUCAGUUUCGACCAUAAUGAUGUUUUGAUUGUCAGA